AUGUGCAAAGAAUGUGGCAAUGCAUUUAGUAUUACUUCAACCCUUACUCAUGAUGACAGAUUUCACCCUGGGAAUGGGACUAGUGAAUGUAGAGAAUGUGGUAAAGCUUUUAGCCAGUCUUCAGAUUUCAGUGAAUAUCAGAAAAUUCAUACAGGAAAGAAAAAUUUCCAAUGUAGUGAAGAAGACAGUGUCUUUUCAGAGUCCUGUAAUCUUGCACAAGAUCACAGAAUUCAUACUGGAGAAAAGUAUUAUGAGUGUAGAGGAUGUGGAAGAGCCUUGAGGUGGUCCUCAACCUUCACUUUUCAUCAGGGAAUUACUACUGCAGGGAAAGCUUAUAAAUAUAUACAAUAUGACAAAGCAUUUACACAGUCUUCAAACCUUACUGGAUAUCAGACAAUUCACACUUGGAAGAAGCCUUGUAACUGUACACAUUGUGGGAAGGAAUUUACACACUCCUUAAGCCUUACUCGACAUCAGAAAAUUCAUAUUAGAGAGAAGACUUAUAAAUGUAAACAAUGUGCCAAAACCUUUAGACACGUGACAACACAUAACAAUCAUCAGAAAAUUCAUACUAGAGAGAAGCUUUAUGAAUGUAUACAAUAUGACAAAACCUUUAGUUGGACUGUACACCUCACUCAACAUCAGAAAAUUCGUACUGGAGAAAAGCCCUAUGAAUGUACACAACACCAGGGAACACUUAUUCAGCAUCAGAAAAUUCAUACUGGAGAGAAGCCCUAUAAAUGUACACAAUGUGGGAAAGCCUGUAGACACCAGGGAACACUUACUCAGCAUCAGAAAAUUCAUACUGGAAAGAAACCUUAUGAAUAUACACAGUGUGGCAAAGCCUUUACACGCUCCUCAACCCUUAUUCUGCAUCAGAGAGGUAAUCCCCAUGAAAAGGUUUAUGUAUGUAAAAUAUGUGGUAAAGCCUUUCACCAGUCCUGUAAGCUUUCUCAGCAUCAGAAACUUCAUAUAGGAGAGAAGCCCUGA